CAUUUUAGAAGCAUGUUGGCAACCUCCCAAGUUCAGAACCCUCUCGUUUCCCAGUCCCGCCGCCAUGUCAUCUGAAGAAACAAUAAAUCCGAUCGCACUCCGGGAUUCGCUAUUCACCGUGCUUGUCCGGUGUGUGCGAAUUCUCAAAGCAGAGUCUGUAUAUCUGCUUUAUCUCUCGUUUCUCUAUCUCUUCCCCAAAUCGUUCUACUGUAUAGCCUAUCCGACCCGUCGUAAUUUCUUAAACGCCGAGCAUCCCUUUCCGGACAAGUACCAAUCCGACACUCUCUUACCUCUUGCUUUCACGUCCCUUACCUUCAUCUUCUCCCACUUGGGAUUCAUCCACUACACUCUGGGUCUCUGGUCAAUCACAUAUACACUACACCGUGGCCGACCAGUUAAACUUAUCUCGGCUCUCUUUAACUCUGUAUUUGUCUCCUUCUUUCCUAUUCUCGGUUGUGUCAUAGUCUCUAUUCCCAACAUGGUUUCGCUGUUUAAUCUGGUUUAUUCGGGGCAGAACUUAUUUAAGGUAAUUAGAGGGAUUGAGAAGAGCAAGAUGGAUAUGUUAGAUGUUAUUAUCUUGCUGUGUAGUAUCCAACUUCACUUGGAGUUGAACCUUACACCCUCAAUUGUUGUGAUUGAAUCGCGCGGGCUGGUAGAGUCUAUGAAAAAAAGCAGCUCAUUGAUGAAGGGAAACAAAAUGUUGGGUUUUAUGCUGCUUUCGAUUUUCGGGACUUGUUCCCUGAUUUUAGGAUUGUUCAGCGCUUGGAUUCUGGAAAUGCAGUUGAGUUUAACAGGUGAUCUGAGCCGUGGUGGUUGGUGGAGGAUGGUGACUUUUCAAUAUCUGGUGCAAAUUGUGAUACUUUCAGUUCUUUUCAUGCUCGUUUUAUUGUUCAAUACGGUAAGCAAUACUGUUUUGUAUCACUAUUGUAUCAAGGCACAACGGAAUGAUGGAGAAGAACAGGCUGAAUAAGUCUCAACACCAGUAUGAUGAAUGCAUGGUCCCGGCAACAUGGUAGAGUAAAAUCAGAUAUUUUACUGGAAUCGUAUGGUUGUAAAAUUACAUUAUUUUUAAGCAGUUAUCAAGUAUUAGGCAUGUAAAUUGUGUAUUUUUAGUAUUGAAUAAUUAAACUUUAAGUAAACCUUUUUGAGUGUACAAAAAGAGAUACACUAGAAAAUGUUCGGAUGUUUUGGAUC